AUGUCGCAAGAAACCUUCCAGUACAUUCUAAAUCUCAUCGAACCAGGAAUAGCUAAACAGAUGAAGAUUCAGCCCAACAUUGUUAAUGCAAUUUCUGUGGAGGAACACCUGGCACUCACUCUGAGGUUCUUGGCAGCAGGGAACUCAUAUGCAACUCUAGCAGGAGAGUUUAGAGCAGGAAUAACUACUGUUUCUCAAAUUGUAAAACAGGUUUUAUCAGUGUUGUGGCAAACACUACAACCAUUGCAUAUGAAGCCACCAAUGGAAGAAGAAUUCAGAGAAACAGCUGAAAUGUUUUACAAGAAGUGGGGGUUUCCAAAUUGUCUAGUUCUGCAGGCUGUGUGUGAUACAGACUGUAAAUUUACUUUUAUUGAAGUUGGAGCAUUUGGAAAACAAAGUGACGGAGGCACUUUCAGGAUGUCUGUUUUGUACGAUAAAAUGGUGAAAGGCGUGCUUCACAUUCCUGAAGACGACUUUCUACCAGGUACUGCUGUUAAAGCCCCCUUUGUCUUCAUAGUAGAUGAAGUGUACCCCCUUCUCAGACACCUGAUGAAACCUUUUGCCAGGAGAAAUCUUGAUUGCUCGAAUGAAAAGUUCAACAAAGUUCUUUCACGAACUAGAAAAACUGUUGAAUUUGCCUUUGGAAUUGUGGCUGCAAAGUGGCAAUUACUAAACAAACCAAUUGAAAUGAAAGUAGAGACUGCAGAACUGAUUGUGAAAGCUGUUUGCGUUUUACAUAACAUGAUUGUGGACAAAGAGAAUGUACUGAACAAUGUGGAGUACAGAGACGUACUUCCUGUAGUUCAGCCAUCAAGAAGAAACAAUGCAGCUCCUGCUGAAGCUAUUGAUAUAAGGAAUCUGUUUAAGUGUUUCUUUAAUGAAUAA